CCUCCAUGCCUCCAUCAUCUUCUCAGGUCGGCCGGUGAGCCGAAAGGCCCUAUAAACAUGUUUCGUGUACCGCUAAACCAGGGGCUCAGGGCCUCUUUCAGGCCCCUGGUGCAAGGUGCGCUUCCCCUGCGCACUGCCGCAUGCCUACAGCAACAGAAACAGCAGGUGAAGCCCGAGAAAAUCGAGGUUUUCAUUGACGACCAACCCGUGCUAGUCGAUCCCGGUACGACCGUGCUUCAAGCUGCCGCGAUGGUCGGGGUCGAAAUCCCGCGUUUCUGCUACCACGAGCGGCUCUCCGUGGCCGGAAACUGCCGUAUGUGCCUCGUGGAAGUGGAGAAAUCCCCAAAGCCCGUGGCCGCGUGCGCCAUGCCCGUGAUGAAGGGCUGGCGAGUGCGCACCGACUCGCCCAUGGCGCGCAAGGCACGCGAGGGAGUUAUGGAGUUCUUGUUGAUGAACCACCCGCUGGACUGCCCCAUCUGUGAUCAGGGGGGCGAGUGCGACCUGCAGGACCAGUCCAUGGCUUUCGGCAGCGACCGGAGCCGCUUCACCGACGUGCAAUAUUCGGGAAAGCGCGCCGUCGAGGACAAGGACGUGGGACCACUGGUCAAGACCAUCAUGACCCGCUGCAUCCAGUGCACCCGUUGCAUACGCUUCGCGAGCGAGGUGGCUGGAGUCGACGACCUUGGCACUACGGGCCGUGGCAACGACAUGCAGGUGGGCACCUAUGUGGAGAAGAUGUUAAUGUCGGAACUGUCGGGCAAUGUGAUUGACCUGUGUCCCGUGGGGGCCCUGACGUCAAAGCCUUACUCUUUCGUGGCCCGACCGUGGGAGACGCGCAAGGUGGAGAGCAUCGACGUCCUCGAUGGCUUGGGCAGCAACAUCGUGCUCAGCACUCGCACGGGUGACUUGCUUCGGGUGCUUCCGCGGGGUAACGACGACAUCAACGAGGAGUGGAUCUCGGACAAGACGCGCUUUGCCUGCGAUGGCCUCCGCCGCCAGCGCCUCACGACGCCAAUGCUGCGAGACCAGCAGGGAGUGCUGCAGCCAUGCGGCUGGCCAGAGGCCCUGUCGGCAAUUGGCAGCCGUCUAUCGUCUGCGGCUAAGGCUGCGUCUCCAGAUGGCACGGGUGGUAUCGUGGCUGUUGCGGGGGCCCUGGCGGAUGCGGAAGGCCUGUUGGCGCUCAAGGACCUGCUCAACACGCUGGGCUCAGAAGUACUCUGCACAGAAGAGCGUUUCCCAGGAUCGGUGGACAUGCGCUCCGACUACCUGUUCGGUGCAGGCCUGGCCGCCGUCGACGAGGCGGACUUGGUGCUGCUCCUGGGUGCCAACCCGCGAUGGGAGGCGACUACGCUAAAUGCACGCAUCCGUAAGAAUUGGAUUCACAACGAGCUUCAGGUGGCUUCCGUCGGCCCACCUAUCGACUUCACCUACGAAUAUGAGCAGCUGGGUGACAGCCCUGCCACCCUGCAAGCCCUAGCGUCGGGGUCGCAUCCGUUUUGCAAGACCCUCUCGCAGGCCAAGCGCCCCCUGGUGUUGGUGGGCAGCGUGCCGUUGCAGCGUUCCGACGGAGCGGCCAUGCUGAAAUUGGCCCGUCAGGUGGCCCAGCAGGCGAAGAGCGCCGAUGCCGGCUGGCGGGUGCUCAAUGUAUUACAGCGGACGGCCAGCCAAGGAGCUGCCUUGGACCUGGGUUACCGGCCGGGUCCCGAUGCCGUCCGCCAGGCCAAGCCCUCCGUGCUGUAUCUGUUCGGCGCCGACGAGGGUGCCGUGACGCGGCAAGACUUGCCUGCAAACUGCUUCGUCAUCUAUCAGGGUCACCACGGUGACCGAGGAGCCGAGUUGGCAGAUGCAGUGCUACCCGGUGCAGCCUACACCGAAAAGCAGGCUACCUAUGUCAACACAGAAGGGCGCGCCCAGCAAACACUGCCAGCUGUCACACCUCCCGGUUUAGCUCGUGAGGAUUGGAAGGUUGUCCGUGCUCUGUCGGAAGUGGUGGGAAUGCCUCUGCCCUACGACAGCCUGAGCGAGGUGCGAGGUCGCAUGAACGAGGUUGCCCCACACCUGACGUGCUACGGGGAGCGCCAGGAACUGCUCGUUGCCGACGACGACGCUAAGGCCGGCAAGGUCGAGCUGUCUCUUCAGGAACCGAUACGACCACAGCUACUGGCGCUGCGCGACUUCUACAUGACAGACGUCAUCAGCAGGGCGUCGCCCACCAUGGCAAAAUGCGUGCAGGCUGUCGACCAACAGGCCACCAGGCCCUACUGAACCGCUAGUGUGUGUUUGUACAUAGGAGGAGCCCUCGAAUUA